UCAGUUACACUCCUCUCUCUGCCUGUUCUUAAUGAGACAGCUAUAAAAGUAGGUAGCAGCACUUCAGUUUUCUCCAAAAGCCAAUAAGUGCUGUAGUAUUAGACAAUAUGAGGCUUGCCUUGCUCUGUGUGUUUAAGGUUGUGCUGCUGGUCAGCACAGGGAGAAUUGGAGAUGCAGAAGAAGGAGGACUCAAGGAAGGCAAAGGGAGUGCAGCUUGCCCUGUGAAGCUCAGACCAAGUGCACAUUGUGAGGAGGAGGAGGACUGUCCAUACCAGGUUACCCUGCCACCCCUCACUAUCCAAAUGCCCAAGAAGUUCAAGAUGCUGGAGAAGACCAUGAAAGAGCUGCACAGCCUCAGACAGACAGUGAACAAGCUCAAGAGCUCCUGUCUGGAAUGCAAGCAGCAAGCUGACCAGAUCCUGCAGAAAGACAGCAGUGAAGGUCCUGGACCGGACCCUACAAGCAAUGAGCAGGGCAACAAAAGCCAGCAAAGUACCAGCAUCCAUGACAUGCAGAUAAAACUGAACAAGAUGUCCAGCAGCUUGAAGAAUGCAAGGAAAGAAAUCAACAGUCUACAGGGACGCAUUGAGGAGCUCAGCCUAUUGAACAUGAAGAAUGUGGAGGCUAUGGUCGACAAGAAGGUGAAAAACCUGACUGGGGUGGUCAGCAGCUUAGACAGCAAGUGUUCCAGCGCCUGUCCUGUCAUUACUUCACCACAGUUUAUAAUAGCGCCAAGAGACUGCUCCGAUUACAACGUCCUGGAAGAGAAGAAGAACGGGGUCUAUAAAGUCACCCCUGACCCCAAGAACGGUACCUUUGAUGUCUACUGCGACAUGGAAUCUUUCGGUGGAGGCUGGACCGUGAUCCAGCAUCGCUUCAAUGGCAGCGUGAGCUUCAACCGCACGUGGGCAGAGUACAAGAACGGCUUUGGGGCGGUCCAGGGGGAGUUCUGGCUGGGCAACGACAAGAUCCACCUGCUCACCAAGGCCAAGGACAUGAUCCUGCGGAUCGAGCUGGAGGACUUUGAAGGAGUGCGGGAGUACGCCAAGUACGAACAGUUCUACGUCUCCAACGAGUACCUUCGCUACCGACUAUCAGUCAGUGGCUACUCUGGCACUGCUGGGGACGCCCUGCACUUCAGCAAGAAUUACAACCACGACCAGAAGUUCUUUACCACCCCUGAUAAGGACAAUGACAUGUACCCCUCAGGGAACUGUGGUGCCUACUAUGGCUCGGGCUGGUGGUUUGAUGCUUGCAUGUCUGCAAACCUGAAUGGCAAAUACUACCACAAAAAAUACAAGGGGAUCCGAAAUGGGAUCUUCUGGGGCACUUGGCCGACUCUAUCGGAUGAACACCCGUCAAGUUACAGACAAGUGUUUAAAACAGUAAAAAUGAUGAUCAGACCUAAAAAAUAUGCACCGUAGGACGUGAGCGCUCGUCUGCUGACAUCCGAAUAACAAUAGCAAACUUCAGCAAGUUCAGAACACUUCACAUCACACCAAAUUUCUAAGUAAAAAAAAACAUUCUUAAUAGCACAUUGUUAAUUCUGUUAACACAAAAAUGUGAAGCAAACCUUACUGUUACAAUCCUUCUUCUCCUGAAUGUAAAAUGUUCCAGAAAUAUUAGUAUGAGAUACAAAUCUAUUUGCGACACAUCUCAGAAACUAUUCAUAUUUGCUAUAACAGGAAAAAAUAAAGUAUAAGAAGAAAAGUUUACAAAGGCGAGCAGGCCAGUCAGCCUAUCUAGCCCGUUUUGUUGCUAAUAGUCAUGUGAUUCAAACAUCUCAAUCCCACAUUUGUUUAGAAGUAGAAACAUCAAACUAUAGCCAACAAAGAGAGCCAAAGUGUACAAACCUAAUUUCUGAAAACAAUUGAAUCAAGUUGUACAGAAAAAAAAAUGAUAAGAAUUAUGUGCUUCACCUCCGCACAGUACGCUUAUGGCAUUUUAAACUAGCAGCUUGACAAGCUACCGAAAGCAUCCAUGAAAGAUGGUUACUAAGCUUAAAAACUGCCUCUGCUUUUUUUGUAUUUUAAUCAAAUCACAAUACAGCUUCAAAACACAA